GAGUUUGAUAUGGAUAACUUGAGCAAGCCAGAACUGCGGAUGCUUUUGAGUGUAAUGGAAGGAGAGCUAGAAGCACGAGACCUUGUAAUUGAAGCCUUGCGGGCCCGGCGCAAAGACGUUUUUAUCCAGGAGCGAUAUGGAAGGUUUAACCUGAGUGACCCAUUUCUGGCUCUUCAGAGAGACUUUGAAGCAGGUGCUGGUGAUAAAGAAAAGAAACCAAUAUGCAUGAACCCUCUGUCCAUUUUAGAAGCUAUUAUGGCUCACUGCAGGAAAAUGCAAGAAAGAAUGUCAGCUCAGUUGGCUGCUGCUGAAAACAGACAAAAGAAGUUAGAAAUGGAAAAAUCUCAGUUACAGAGUCUUGAGCUGGAGCAUAAAAAGCUUUCUGCUCGUCUGGAAGAAGAACGUGGAAAGAAUAAGCAUGUAAUAUUGAUGCUAGUGAAAGAGUGCAAGCAGUUGUCUGGCCGAAUUGUAGAGGAAGCCCAGAAACUGGAAGAAGUAAUGUCAAAAUUUGAAGAGGAGAAGAAAAAGGCUACUGAGCUGGAGGAGUCUCUUGCAGCUGAGAAACAAAGGAGUACACAAAUGGAAGCUCAAAUGGAAAAGCAGCUGUCUGAGUUUGACACAGAGAGAGAGCAGUUGCGUGCCAAACUUCAUAGAGAGGAAGCGCACACCAGUGAACUCAGAGAAGAGAGAGAUAAAAUGAUCAAAAUGAUUGAGCAAUUGAAAAAGGAGAAUGAAAGUAAAGCUAAUCUUUCUCUUAAAAAUAAAGAUAAAAGUAAAGAUAGGAGUCUUGUUUCUGUUUCUGUUGAAACAGAAGAGCCAAGUUCAAGAACUGUUGCCUGCCAAACAGAUCCUGUAGUGAUGGACAGUAGCACAGAAAAUGUUAAGAAGUUGCCUUUGACUGUAUCUGUAAAGCCUUCUACAGUGAACCCACUGGCGUCUGGCAAUACAAAAAUGAAUGUGUGCGCCAAUGCAGCAUUUGUGAAGCCUGUCAUUGAUAGGCAAUCUUCAUCCAGUGAACUUGCCCCUCCCACAACUCCUGUUCUCACACAGAAUCAAAACAGAAUUGAAGAAAAUGGACCAAGUACAGGCUCAUCAUCUGAUUUACCAAGUAGCACUUCCCCUUUUUCAAAUAGUACUUCCCCUUGCACCCCUGCGGCACCGACUGCCGCAGCUCAGAAUUCCUCACUAACUUCGUCUAUGCACAGUUUACAUUCACCGUCUGCCACCUCUCCUGGGCAUCCAGGCCUAAAUCCACGAGUCCAGGCAGCUAGAUGUAGAUUUCAAGCCAAUGCGAAUGAGCAAGACCAAAAUGGAAACACAACCCAAAGCCCUCCCUCCAGGGACGUAUCCCCUACUAGUCGUGACAACCUAGUUGCCAAGCAGGUAGCUCGGAAUACUGUUACCCAAGUCCUUUCAAGAUUUACAAGCCCUCAGAGUGGCGCUCCAUCGCGGCCGGGGCCCUCACAUUCAGUGGAAGUUGCCACUUACCCCCCAGUUGGUAGAACGAGUUUAAAGACUCCCAGUGUGUCAAGAAUUGACAGAGGGAAUCCUCCACCUAUUCCUCCUAAAAAACCAGGGCUUUCGCAAACUCCUUCUCCACCACACCCACAGCUUAAAGUUUUAAUGGAUAGUGGUCGAUCCUCAAAUACAAGUGCAAAAACUGACAGCAAAACCGUGACCUCACCUCUUUCAAGUUCACCACAAGGAAUCAGGGUAAUAAAUGAGGAAAUUAUUUCUAAGUCCUCACCUCAGCUGCCACCAAAACCUGCUAUAGAUUUAUCUGUGGCACCUGCAGGCUGUGCCAUACCAGCCAUAGCCUCAUCUCAGGUGGGUGCCUGGCCUUCCCACUUCCCUGGACUGAACCAACCUGCAUGUUCAGAAAAUUCCUUUGUCAUUCCCACCACCAUUGCCUGUAGCUCCUCCAUAAACCCUGUUAGUGCUUCAUCCUGUAGACCAUGUGAUUCAGACAGCCUCCUGGUAACAGCAUCAGGUUUACUUCAGCAGAUGUCAGCAGAUUUGCUGCUGGAGAGUUAA